AUGAUACAAGAGGAGGAGUGCGACGUAGUCCUCCGUCUCGCAGUAGGAGGCCGGGAGAAGACUCCAGUUCGAGAGAUCUCGGAGAGGCUCAUGAGACCGGCAAACGAGAGAGACGAGGCGGAAGGCACGAGAAGGAAGCUGAGGCUCUCCGAAGAGCAGCUGAGCUUGCUUGAAGAUAGCUUCAGAGCCCACAACACGCUCGCCCAUGUCUGCACCCGUGUAUCAUCCAUCCUUGUUAUACCCAUGGAUUUCAGCUCUUGCUUCCGCGGGCUAACCAUCGACCUCUCUUGGCAGGACGAGAAGCGAGAGCUGGCGCAGAGGUUGCACUUACAGCCAAGGAGGAAACUGAAGCAGACCGAAGAGGACUGUGAGUCCCUGAGGAAGUGCUGCCAGAGGCUCACCAACGAGAACAGAAGACUCAAGAGGGAGUUGAUGGAGCUGAGGGCAGCGAGGCUAAUAACGUGUUCCUCGUGCGAGAAGAUAGCGAGGGACGAGAAGAAGACCAUUAAUUCCUGA